UGUUUGCGUUCAACGGUUGGCGGUUUUUUAUGAAUUUCAUUUAUAAUUUAUAGCCAUGAUACAGGUGUUUUUACUAUAUGAACAUCGUUCAUAAUGAAUCCCCAAUGGACAUGAAAAAGGCAAUUACAAGGGGUUAUUUAUAAAAUACAAAAAAACCCGACUAKACUCAGCUGAAGAAGAGUUUGACAACUGAACGAACAUUUUCAAAGUUGUAGUUUUACAAUCAUUCCUGGACUGAAAUUUUUAGUUUCUACCUCUUUAAAAAUACGUUUCAAGUGCUCGAAAGUUUGAAAAUGGCAGGACAUCGUUACAGUGAGCGAAGCCCACCAGAGUCAGUCAGUUUGAUCGAGAAACAGGAUGCCAAACUGGACCGAUUUUUGGAAGAGAUGAAACCRUACGUUCUACGUCUACCGCACAAGUUAGAGAGACAAAGAGUUGGAUUAUGGAUCAAGAAGUUAUGUGAACCACCUGGUUCUGCUCCAUCGUCAAGAAAAAACAGGAACUUGUAUGCACAGUUAUUGUUACAUAUGUUAAAGCGAGGCUUACUAGAGGAUCCAUUUACAAGAAGACCUGAUGCUGGUCCACUACAACCCUUGCCUUCAUACAUGUCUAUUUAUUUAGAUGAGCCGAUAUCAAAAAGAAUUCUAAGCCAUGGAUCUGAUGAAGAAUACGGCAGAGAUACACCGAGAGUUACCAACAACCAAUGGAGCACACCCUAUGCCCUCUGCCAGGUCUACCACCACACACAGUAGCUCAAGUAGAGGUGGAGAUAGACCCAACUAUGCCGCAGACUAUGAGCCUGAUAUAAUCAAUGGUUACCAUGGAUACGAACCAAGAAGAUCAUUAGACUACCCUAAGGAUGAUGAGUAUUAUGUGAAUGGAGAUGAGAGGGGUCAUUAUGGUGUUCGUGAAGACCCAGURCAUGCCAGAGAAUAUAGACAUUCUGAUUCAGGGCGUCCUUCAAGUUCAUCACCAUCAAAGUCUACACAAAAUAAUGGAUAUUCACAUUACCCUAGAGGUAUGCAGCUUAUAUUGUCUCAAGUAAAUAGGGAAGCCAGCACGAUCAAGGAACAAAAGGAUAAACAGAUUGCUGAACUGAAAUCACUGGYUGAACAGUCUGGGGAAAGUGCUCUAAACGACUAUGAGAAAAAACUGAAUGACAAGAUAGCAGAAUUUGAAGCAGAAAAGUUUGAAAUGCAAAAACAACAUACAAACAACAUCCAGGAACUGCUGGACGAGACCAAUCARAGACUACAGAAGAUGGAGGCUGAAUAUAACAAACAGUCAGAAAAUACAGCUUUAGUUGUGCAGGAACUUGAAGCCAGAGUACAUCAACUAACUGAGGAAUCAGAAGCACUACAGAACUCAAGAAUGCAACUGGGAAGAAAUAAGGAAGAGCUCGCUGAUAAGGUGGUCACACUGACAAAUGAGUUGAAAGAUGCAAAAUCAAUGAUAUCAAAAUAUGAAAGGGAUCAUUCACGGAUGAUGACUGACCAUCAGUCAACUAUCCAACAAAUACAGCGCAAGACUGAUUCUUCUAUUGAGCUGUUGAAAAAGGAACAUGCAGCUGCUACGGCAAGGUCUGCAGAUGCCAUCUCGGACCUUGAAUCUCAACUUGCCCAAACAAAACAAGCGCUACAAGAUGCCGAGUACCAGCGACAGAAACAAGUCAGGAUGGAGAAAGUKGAAGAAGAUUUGGCUCAUUCCAAAAGUCUACGAGAAAAACAAAGUAGAGAGUACAGCAGACAAAUCGAUGAUAUCAAAAUGAAGCACGAUAAACAGAUAGCUGAGCUCAAGAUAAGUCACGAACAAGACAAGGCACAGAUGUUAAGGAGUCACCAAGCUGAGCGAGACUGUAUUCUACGAGAACAAGAGCAAGAGAGGGAUUUACAGAGUGAAAAAUUACACCAGAAGAUGAUGGAUAUGGAAAACCAGUCAAGAGAUAGAUCAACUAAAGAUGCUAAGGUCAAUGCCGAAUUAGAACAGCAAGUACGAGAGUUACGGGAAGAGAUUAUGCAGGCCAAUUCACUACAUAAAACACAACUCAUGGAACUCAACCUACUCCGAGAAGAAGAAAAACAAGCCUUCAAGAGACAAGAAGAGAAUCUUCAAGCCAAGGGAAGGAGUGAGCUAGAGCAACAGAAACUGGAGUUAAGAAGAGCUCAUAGCGCAGAGAUGGAACAGCUGCUUGAAAAGACCAAUGAACGGCUGAGAAUGAUGGAACAAGAGUUCACAAGCAGAUCAGAAAAGGCGCAAGAGGCUAAUCGCACUCUCGACGAAGAAAUAAAAAAGCUGAGAGAAGACAAUCUGAGARCGCGACUGAACUCAGAAAAGAAGUUGAGUGAACUGACCAACAAGUUCAACGAAGAGAAAGCUGCACUAAAGAAACAUCGUGACAGCAUAGUUGGUUCUUUAGAACAAGAUUCUCAAGCUCAGAAGUCUAUGGUUCGUCAUCUUGAGAAACGGUGCCAGCAAAUGGAACUGGAAUCCCAGGAGAAGAUUUCCCGGCUUCGUCUGAAAUACGAAGAGAAGAUGAAAGGACUAAUGCCUGAAUCGGUCCGAGAGGAACUCGAAGAUACAAUCGAAUCCCUUCGUCAACAAGUAUCAGUGUUACAGUCACGUGCACAGGUACUCCAAGAGGAACUGGACACUAGAAACAARUUCUCAAUGUCUUCAUUCAAUGUGUCUAGCUACAAAGACGAGYCCGACAGACAGGCUGUGUGACACCUAAUAAUUUAUCUGCAUCUUAUAGAGCCUAUACCAUAUAUCCGUGAAAAACUUUGAAAGAAAUUGCACAAAUUAGUAAGUUCAGUAGACCUCGGUAGACCUACAAAACUUUGCGCUAAUUUGUACAAUUUCGUUAAGCUCCUUUUUCACUGAUAUAAGGUAUGCACUCUUAUGUAAAUUGUAAAAAAAAUAAUAACUCUUUAUAAUCCAUAAUGGUUUGUACCUAGAGGUUAGUUUAUGAAGGCACAAAAAUAACAUGUAAAUAGUACAGCUCAAUUUUGAUUACACACGGAGAUCUUGAUCUUAUCUAGCAAUUUCUAGGACAGUUAAAAAAAACAAAAAUGAAUUAUUCUAUUCAAUUAGCAUUUUUUUACUUCUAUUAAAUUCACAAUCCAAAACGAGUGAUUCUAUCAUUGCUAUUUUAUGGGAAAGCGAUGCAUUCUGGUCUAGCUUGGGUGCAAAUUUUUAGUCAUUUUUUUAUCUAGUGUUGUUUGCACCCAAACAAGACUAAAAUGCUUUUUAUUCAUCAAUAUAGCUACGAACGGUAUAGGACAAGCAACACAUAAUGAGUGCAUAAUCAUUGAUAUUUGAUUCUUAUCUUAUGUCAGGGAUUCUAAUAUACUGKGUUUUAUAUUCGUAUAUUAAGAUAUUUCAUAUAUAAAUUAUAGCUUCAUAUGUUUAUAUAAACUUGGUAAAAUAUUAAAGGUAGGUUUUAGUGUGUAA